AAACAAUAACUAAACUGUAGUAUCUUACCUCAUAUUGUGGUCUGGACGUUUAUCAAACUUCCCCUGCUCAGAUCGUGCAUCCAGACCACUCCAACUGGUCUUAUACACCUGAAAACAAAUACCGCGAUUGCUUGAUUUUUGUCUAAAGGGCCAGAGGAUGACGUGAACGUGCCGGGGUACAGCGCCUCUGCAGGUCCACGCCCCCGCCGCCCCACAACAGACAUGAGCUAGGGCUCGGUGGCCCCACCCCCCAGGUGUGACACCUCUGGACACGCCCCCCGCCCCUCCCCACUCUGAUACAUGAGCCAGCAGGAUGCUGCAGUGCAGGUGCUCUCAGAACGGCUCCUCGUAGCAUCCCACAAGGGCCAGGCCGACAAUGUCGUGCAGCUAAUUAACAAGGGCGCCAAAGUAGCCGUCACCAAGUACGGCCGCACACCGCUGCACCUGGCCGCCUACAAAGGUCACCUGGAGGUCGUGCGGAUCCUGCUGAAGGCUGGCUGUGAUCUGGACAUCCAGGAUGAUGGUGACCAGACGGCGCUGCACCGCGCAGCUGUGGUGGGAAACAGUGACAUCAUCGCGACUCUCGUUCAGGAAGGGUGUGCUCUGGACAGACAGGACAAGGACGGAAACACGGCUUUGCACGAGGUCUCCUGGCACGGAUUCAGCCAGGCUGCCAAGCAGCUGGUCAAGGCGGGGGCCAACGUUCAUGCUAAGAACAAGGCUGGAAACAGCGCACUGCACCUGGCCUGCCAGAACGGACAUGCACAGACCUCACGCGUGCUCCUGCUCGGCGGAUCGCGGCCAGACAGCAAGAACAAUGUAGGGGACGCCUGCCUGCAUGUGGCCGCACGCUACAAUCAUGUGACCGUGAUCCGGAUCCUUCUGGGGACCUUCUGCUCCGUCACUCAGCAGAAUCAGGUGGGAGACACGCCCCUCCAUCAAGCCGCCGCCCUGAACCACAAGAAGACGGUGCGUCUGUUGCUGGAGGCUGGAGCAGACAGUGCUGCUGUCAACGCUGCCGGCCAGAUGCCGCUGGACUUGGCCAGGGAGCACAACAACCCAAGCGUGGCCCUGCUUCUCACAAAGGCUCCGCAGGUGCAGAGCUUCAUGAGGGGCAGAAGUGUGAGGAAGCGGCGUGACAAGCUAAAGGCUGAGCGGCGCGCGCAGUCCGUGCCCAGGGACAACGUGCUGCCCGCCAAGGAUGCCGCGUCGGCGGCCGAAGACACGCACAGCAGCGACCUGCCGGCCACCAGGCGGGGGGACCGUGGGAAUGAGCCGCCCGAGGGCACGGCCGACGCUGGGGGAGCCAGGCGCAGGAAGAAAGACAAAGAGAAGCCCUCGCUGUCAGAGCCGCUCUCGCGGAGGGAGAACAAGCGUGCCGAGGCGGCCAAUCGGAAGAAGGACAGAGCAGGUGGCCCCGCCUCCCCGCCCCCACCCCCUCACGGCCUGAAAGCCUAUCAGCUGUACACCCUGUACCGAGCCGAGGAUGGCAGGGUCAUGCAGGCUCCACUGAACGGCUGCCGCUGUGAGCCUAUCAUCAACAAACUGGAGAACCAGCUGGAGGCCACAAAGGAGGAGAUGAAGUCGGAGAUUCACACCGUCCAAGAGCAUCUGAACAGCAAGCUGGGUCAGCUGGACCGCAGGAAUCAGCACCAGAUCAGAGCCUUGGAUAAGAUCACUUUGGAGAGAGUUUCAGCUGAGCGGACAGAGUGUCUUCAACACCUCGACCAGAAAACCGCUCUGCUGCAGCAGGAGAUGGAGAAGAAACAGACCUCAGUGGUCAACGAGCUGAAGAACUGGUGCUGGUCUAAGAUCCAUAACAUAGAGCUUCGGCUCUCUGGAGACCCUUCGAGCACCAAGCGUGACUCUCCGUCCUUCCCAGAGGCCGGCUCAGAAGGCCCCGCCCUCCCAGCCUGCAGCACGAACUCGCAGCCCCUCGACGCCGCUGCGGCACCAGGGGCGACCGAGGAAGCUGCCGGCGGGGUGACCGAGGCUGAAGCAGCAGCCGGUAAUCAUUACUUUGUGGUUCAGAUGGACAGCUCUCCAGAUGACAGGCGACAGCAUUUUCUAGCCCAAAACAAGUCAGUGCCUUCAUCACCUCAAGUCGUCCGACCAAAAGAGCGGGUACGCCUCUCUGCUGCCCCCCACAGGCCGCAUCCAGAUGCGCAGGCCGCAGACGAGCCUGACACCCGACUCCAGCUAGCUCAGGCUACCACAGCCAGCAGCCAGUCUCCCGCCACUGAACGCCGUGGGAGGCACCACCGGGAGCGUGAGAGGAGCAGACAUCACAGGAAGCAUGCCCAGGGCAGGACGGCGGUGCAGCCAGGGGACGCCCCGACCCAGGAGGCCAUCGCGGGGCCCCCGGAGCCCUCAUUCGCGCAAGAGCGAGAGAGCAUGCACGCGCUGGAGGUGACGCAGUACUUCUUCGAGGCCGUCUCCACUCAGAUGGAGCGCUGGUAUGAGAGGAAGAUCCAGGAGGCCCGGCGGCAGGCGGACCAGAAGGCUCAGCGGGACCGGGCCGUGCUCUUGGAGCGAAUCAGCUGCUUGGAGGAGGAGCUACGAAUGCUAAGGACUAACGUGCCGGAUAGCUAGCGCCACCUGGCUGAUUGCCACAGAACUCCCAGUUCUUUUACUGAAUAAAUCCAAUUUUUUAUAGA